CAUUAUCAACCCAACAUCUUCCGACUUGCUCUCUGCGCGGUCUGUUCUUUAGUACAACGUCAUUUUUGACGCCCAACUCUCACCUCCGACGUCUCAACGUUAUGCUUCCCGCACUACAGCUUUUUACCUAGUAUUUCGAUAACUCCCAAAUAGUUUCAACAAUGUCUGAUCCAUCUGCUCCCACUCCUGAGGCGCCUGCGCCUGUUGAACAUCUGAAUAUCAAGGUCACCGACAACAACAACGAGGUUUUUUUCAAGAUUAAGCGAACAACUACCCUGAAAAAGCUCAUGGAUGCAUUCUGUGACCGUCAAGGGAAACAGCCGUCAACAGUUCGUUUCCUUUUCGAUGGAACGCGCGUACGCCCAGAAGAUACACCAGACACGCUCGACAUGGCCGAUGGUGAUACCCUUGAAGUUCACCAGGAGCAAAUCGGCGGUGGUCUCUAAUCCACCAGAGUCCGGUUUCCCUCCUGUCCUUCCCGCGAAAUCUUUGUCGGUGUCCUUUUUCUGGCGCAUGGGUGAUUGAGUUGGCAAUAAACCUGACUGGGCAGGCUUUCUAUGUUGCGAGGAGUGUCACGAAUGGGUUGAGAUAAAUGGCAGGUGGCAGCUUGUCUGCAUAUUAUAUUGCUGCCGCUUCUGCCAUCUUCCUUGUUAGGAGGUAUCAUAUGUUAGUCCCUUUUGUCAUCCCUUAUGAAAUAUCCUAAGCGCAACAUAAUCUAUUGCCCUGCCUAUAUUAAUAUACAUGAGUUUUAUUCCGGCUUAAACUCUCACCCGGGAUAAAUAUUCCUCACAAAGACAGUCAACUCCGUAUAAACUCUACCGGAAUUAGGAGGGGGGUCAGGCAUGAAAGAACGUUUAAGAGUGAAAGAGAAUCCCAUAAAAACAAAAGAAAUGGCAGAGAUAUUAAUCAAGCGCCCCAAAUAGCGGCCUUCGCCUUCUCCUCUUCCUCCUUAGCCUUGGCUGCCUCCUCCCUCUCCCUAUUCCUUCGUCUAAUCUCCUGCUCCUUUACGGCCCGGUCGUAAGCUCGCUGUUCCUCCGUCCUCUUGGGCGCUCGAAUGCCCAACGCGCCUGCAAUCAACCUCCCUGCAACAGCAGUCUGCUUCUCUGGCCGCCGAUUUGGGUCUCGUGCAGAUGUCGAACCCGACGAAGGUUUGGAUCGAGACGUAGAAUCUGGCCCACAUCCGCCCGCCGUCGCUGUCGCCACGGCAUUAGCAAUCCACGGCUGAGAUGUUUGCGGGGAGAUUGGCGUGGGUGGGGGGUCAAGGGGCCCCUCUGCUACCGCGGGA